AUGUCAGUAGGAAGUAGUGCUUCUGACGGUUCUAGUUUAGCCCACGACCUUGCUGGCGCAGACCAGAUCGUCAUUCUUGAUAAAGACGGCCGUAUUGCUCGCUGUGAUAACGAGAACAUCGACCUUGUAGAGGAAGGAUACGUUCCACCUGCCGUUCAAGCUGCUCCUGAAAAAUUAGAAAAGCGUGACUUGGAGCGACAAGCCGGUGAUAUCAGUUUGUACAAGUUCUACUUCCAGUCUGUGAGCCCAAUUAUGGCAGUGUGUUGGUUAGGCCUUGCGGUCAUCUACAUUAGCCUAGGCAGAGCUCCCCAGUUGUGGUUACGCUUUUGGUCAGAGGACGGAAUGAGCCAGAACCCAGGGAACGGAAAGAACGUGGUCCUUCAUAAUAUAUCGUUAAAGGUGCAAAAAGGACAACGUGUUGGCAUCUGUGGCCGUACCGGCUGCGGGAAAUCAUCCCUCAUUCUCGCGAUUCUCGGCCUCCUAGAAAUAAAAUCCGGCUCGAUCAAAGUAGACAACAUCAACAUCGCGAACGUUUCCUGCGAGCUUGCUAGGGUGAAAAUAGCCACGCUCCCCCAAGACCCCGUAGCGCUGCCUGGCACCGUGCGCCAAAACCUCGUCCCAGACGCCAGCUCAGCCAGCGAUGAGACUCUCGUGCGCAUACUGAGGAAAUUGGAGAUAUGGAGCCUGGUGGAAGAGCUUGGCGGCUUGAGCGUCGACUUGAGCGAUCUGAAGCUGUUGAGAGGCCAGCAGCAGCUGUUCUGCCCCACACGGGAAGCCGCGGCAAAGUUCCAGGCCAUCGUUGAUGACCAGCUCGGAGACUGCGCGGUGCUCGCUGCGGUGCACAGGCUUGAGAUGGUGCUUGGUUGGGAUUUGGUAAUUGUUAUGGAUGGUGGCAGGAUUGUUGAGGUUGGGGUGCCUGAGAAACUCGCGAGUGAAAACGGUUCUGUGUUUAAAGGCUUAUGGGAUAGUCAACAUGGCGGGUGGUCCGGGUGA